GAUUCAUAAUUUACGCAUGCGCAAUUCAAACGGAGACUGGUGUAAAAGUUGAAAGGAACAAUUUAGGACUGUCGAAUUUGGUUUAAAUUUGUUAUUUUUCGUCAACAUGUCCUACGCUUACCUUUUCAAGUACAUAAUCAUCGGAGAUACUGGUGUAGGAAAGUCAUGCUUGCUUCUUCAGUUCACGGACAAAAGAUUCCAGCCCGUUCACGACUUGACCAUAGGUGUUGAAUUUGGUGCAAGGAUGAUUACUAUUGACGGAAAGCAAAUAAAGUUACAGAUUUGGGACACAGCUGGACAAGAAUCUUUUCGAUCAAUAACAAGGUCAUAUUACAGAGGAGCUGCUGGUGCACUUCUAGUUUAUGAUAUUACAAGGAGAGAUACCUUUAGUCACCUUACAACUUGGUUAGAGGAUGCCAGGCAACAUGCUAGUUCUAAUAUGGUGAUAAUGCUUAUUGGAAACAAGAGUGAUCUUGAGGCCAGACGUGAAGUCAAAAGAGAUGAAGGUGAAGCUUUUGCUAGAGAGCAUGGACUUGUAUUCAUGGAAACAUCAGCAAAGACAGCUGCUAAUGUUGAAGAGGCUUUUAUAAAUACAGCAAAAGAAAUUUAUCAAAAAAUUCAAGAAGGUGUAUUUGAUAUCAACAAUGAGGCAAAUGGUAUUAAGCUUGGUCCUCAACACUCAGCAUCAAGUCCUGGCAUGCCAAUGGGUGGCUCUGGGGCACAAAGAGAAUCUGGUUGCUGUUAACUCACACAACUUCAUUAUAUUAAUUUUCAGUUGGGAUGAAUUUAUGAUGUGAACUAUCUAAAUUCCUCAUAUUACAAUUACACAUAGACUCCUCCAAAUCCACUUUUCAUUUUGAAUGCAUUUUGCAAUAUUGGAAAAUCCCAAACCUCUGGACAUGUGUAAUUAAGUAAAUUAAAGGCAUUGUUUGAAUUUGAAUUCAGUGUAGCAGAUGACGGCUGCAGUCAAGGCUCAAAGGAUUUGGUCAAAUCUUUGCCUGAUAAUAUUAUUUUUGUUUGAGUCAAACAGAUUAAGUAACAAGAAUGUUUGCUAUGAAUCCUUUAUCAGCUAUAAAAAGUUGUUAGAGAAAUUGAAAUGUUGUUUAAUGUGAUAUUGUUAGUAGUUUGCUGUAAAUUAAAACUACUGUAUUCUAAGGGUUUAAGUCAUCUGCAAAAUACUCUAUUUUUUA